GAAAACCACAACAAACUAGAGAAAUUUAAUAACUUGUUAUUUAAAACUAAAGAGAUAGCAAAAUAUAUUUCGCGUUUUAUGGUGCGAUGCAUAUGUGAAAUCAAAAUUGUUAUCAAUAAUGGUUUACUAUUUCAUAAGCGAAGUGGUGCAGCCACCAGUCACGUUGUUCAUGGGAAUUGACAAAUUCGAAAAUGAAGAACUUAUCAGGUGGGGUUGGCCGGAGGAUGUAUGGUUUCACGUAGACAAGUACUCGUCAGCCCACGUAUAUCUCCGACUUCAACACGGUCAAACGAUAGAUGACAUUCCCAGUACUGUCCUGGAAGAUGCUGCACAAUUGGUGAAGGCGAACAGUAUCGAAGGGAACAAAAUAAACGAUAUCGAUGUGGUCUACACAAUGUGGUCGAAUCUGAAGAAGACGCAGGGUAUGGAGGUCGGUCAGGUUGGCUUUCACAAGGACAAGGAUGUCCGUAAGAUCCAUGUCGCUAAGCGGAUGAACACCAUCGUGAAUCGUCUUACCAAAACGAAACGCUCAGAGGAAGUGAACUUCAGAGCCAAGAGGGAGGAGAGAGACAGGAGCGAACGGGAGGACAAGAAGAAGCUCUUGAGGGAACAAAAGGAGAGGGAAAAGGCAGAAGAAAAACGGCGGCAGGAAGAAGCGGAGAUGAGGAGUUAUAAUUCCCUAUUUACUCCAUCUAACAUGACUUCAAAUGCGGACAAGAGCGGCUACGAUUCCGAUGAUUUCAUGUGAUGAGCAUGAAACGUUGUAUAAUAUUUCAAUAUAAUGUUACAUUACGUUCUAG